GCCUGUUGCGGCCACGCCACGCCUUACAGCUCCGCCAGUCGCGUUUGUAUCUGUGGCUCAGUUUUCAUUUUCGCGUCCACGAACCACAUCCACAUACUAGCAUGGCUCACUGCAACGUCUGCGCCACGUCCUUUGCCUACUUUCGCCGAAAGAGCUCGUGCAGCCGGUGCCACGCGAGCGUGUGCCGCCGCUGCUGCGUCAGCGUCACCACCAACGCCGAGCUCAACCCUGUCGCGACCAAGAACGUGCGCAUCAAGAUGUGCCUCGGGUGCAUCUCGACGCACAAGGAGCCGACCAAGCCGUCGCUCGCAGCACGCGUCCCGAUCCUCCUCGACCUCGCGAUCGAGUCGACGCCCAAGGUGGCACCGACAGUCUACUAUGUGGCGCCGAUCGUCGAGCCGGAGCCGUCGCCCAAGCCAUUUUUCACGAUGGACGCGUCUGGCGCCGAUACGCCCGAGAAAAUGCAGCAGCUCAUGGCGCGCCUUCUGUCCGUGCAACACACGACCGAGCACAUCAUUUCCACGACGAUGCAACUCAACUCGCCCGUGGCAUGAGCAGCAACAUCUCCUGCGUACAUAUCUAUCUCGACUAAUACUAACUUAUUUCUAUUUUUCUGC